GAUGAAAGUGCAGUUGCGGUCUGCGGAGUGCGGGGUAAUGGCAGAACGCGGAGUUAUUUUUAGAAGUAUGCUUUGUAAACUAUGGUAGUAGAAGUCCGCAAAAAUAAACAGUUAUUGUUUAAAAUGAAUGUGUAAUAAAAUGCAUGAAGAUCUCGAAAUGAAGUGAUUAUAACAGUGUUUUACGCGCCCUGGUCUUCAAUUUUCGUCCAUGUAUUGUUGCUCUUUUCUUUCUCGGCUGGGAGUCGGCAUGGCGAGCAUGAGCUCCACGCUCGUCGAGACGGUCUCCAUCAACUAUGAGGACUUUAACGAGAGCUUCCUCACCUGUGGCACCUGUUUAUGUACAUACGACGGCGGCGAACAUACUCCAAAAUUGCUUCCGUGCUCCCACACUGUGUGCUUACAUUGCCUCACUCGUAUAGCAGCCUCACAAACCCGGGACGCUGGUAGCUUCCGAUGUCCUAUCUGUCGCGAACUCAUCACCAUACCGCGCGGAGGCGUCCCAGCGUUACCACCCUCAUUCCUCGUCAAUCAGCUUUUGGAUUUAAUGGCAAGACAACGCCGCGAAGUUAUACCCCAAUGCAGUUCCCACCCGGGAAGAGAGCUUCUCUUUUGCGAAACCUGUGACUGUGUUUUCUGCAGGCAUUGUGCCGACGGUCCCCACAGUGAUACACCAUGUGAUCACACCGUAGUGCCGUUUUCGAUAGCUUUAAAAAGAAUGUCUGAAAUACUCUUGUAUAGAGCCAAUGAGUGCCUGAGUAAGCUUGGAGCGGCCAGGGAGGCCGUGGCAAGUGAAUUGAGAAGAUUGGAAGCGGCUGCUACAGCGGCCGAUGAUGCCAUAGAUAGACAUUUUGCAGAAUUAAGAAGUGCUUUAGAUAAGCGACAUAACGAAUUAAAGUCAGCUGCCAGUGCCGCUGCAACGCAUAAACGGAAGCUACUUGAAGAGCAACUGAAACUAAUAGAUGCUGAAAAGACGAAGGUGGAAGCAGAAUGUAAUGGCCUUCAGCAGCAAGUAGAAGUUCGUGAAGUUAGUAGCCGUGCAGCAGCAUUGGGAGCCAGAUUGGGCGAUGCAGCAGCUCUAGCUGAACCACGGGAGAACGCCUUUUUAGCGGUAGACUUCGCGCACAAUGAUGCUCACCAGAGGUUGACUGAAGCUUUGGCUGAACUGGGAAGGGUUCGGACCAGUACAACAUUCCCUGGCUUAUGCACUUUACAAUUAGAAUCACCCUGUGUCUGUGGUCUGGAAGUGGUAGUCUCUCUUCGUACAGUGGAUUAUCAUGGUGAAGCGCGGAGCACUGGCGGAGAUCCUGUUACUGCAGCCGCUACACUUGAUGACGCGCCAUUACCCUGUACGGUCACUGACUUAGAUUGUGGGAUGUAUAGAAUAACAAUGCGUCCGUGGAGUGCAGGCGCGAUUUGCGUACGUGUGCUCGUGUUUUCGCGAUCUGUUCGUGAUUCGCCUUUACGGGCACGAGUCGAGACGCAUGCUGUACCCGAACUUGUUUGGGGGUCACGGGGUACGGGAAAGGAACAAUUAAGUCAGCCGGUUGCGCUUGCUAGAUGUCCCAAACGUCGGGAGAUAUACGUUCUAGACGCUGGAAAUUCUCGAGUGAAAGUAUUAGAUGAUGAGACAUUUGCAUUUAAAACUCACAUAGUCAAUGAAGGUUUAGCCGGUCGCAGUUGUACAGGUAUAGCCGCGACGGCAGAGGGCGUGGUAGCAGUUAACUGGCGAACUAGAACUGUCACUGAGGUGAAUAUAGACGGUUCUACACUCCGCACAAUAAAGUCUGAUCGCUUAGUGGAGCCCGUGUGUGUAGCGGCCGAUAUCGACUCGAGAAGACUGGCUGUGGCCGACAACGGAGCUAGGACUGUGUUUGUGUUUGACGGGGAUGGGAAUAUUGAGAGAGAGAUAGACAGCGGUAACUUGGGUCUAGUGGGAGGUCUGGCGCUCACCGAAGACUUGAUAAUAGUGGCGGAUGUCGCUGUGAGGAUUUACGACUCCGAAGGGAAUUUGCUGUCCAUACGUGCGACUGUGCCUAAGGGUCGCGGCGGUUAUGGUGGCAUAGCUUUAGAGCGCACCGAAAAUGGUUUGCAUAUCGUAUGCGCACGUUCCAUACGCGGCCGGCCCGCUAUUAUUGUACUGGAAGCAGAGGGCUCGGGUGGUAUAGUGGCGGGGUGCGAACUGGCUGAAAAGCGACCCAGGAGGGUCGCGGGUUUGACGCUUCUGCCUAAUAAAAAGGCGUUAUUGGCUGACCUAGCGGGAGACUGUUUGAGACUGCACACUUAUUGGUGAAUGAUGUUGAACGAAAUCAGUGAAAGUCUUCAAGCGGGGAGUGAUGAAUGGUGAACGAAUUUCAUGCUAGUCCGUUGUAACUGAGUAACGAAUGAUGGCCAUAAUCUCGUGCGAUUCCUACCAAAGACGUAGUGCCGAGAGCACGGACGCCAUGCGAAUGAAAAUGUCACAUACUUAGUACCACGUAGUGCCCAAUAGAUGGCGUUGUUCUUAAACUUAAAAUAAAAUCAUAUCUAUUUGAUAAAAUUAAUUAAAAAUUAUUUUUUCUUUUCAAUGUUAUGAAAUAUUUUCAUUCGCGAGGCAAUAGUUGUACUUACAGUAUUUAUUUCGUUUUAAGUUUCUCUAAGAACUCAAUGUUUAUGUAGUUAAUUUUUCGACUGAUUUUUUUUUCUACGUAUUUUGUUUGUCGAUUUUCGUAUUUCUUACUAGUCCUAUUAUUUCUUUAGAUCACGUGUUUUAACACGCUAAUUUUAAAGGAAAUUUAUUCAACGUCUGAGUCAAGACCUCAUUUGAAUGACAACAAUGAUAAGAAUGUUAAUGAAAAUCAUUAAAAUAUGCUAAUAAACAAUGAUUCACUGACAAUUUUCGCGUAGUUCCCGCCCCCGUUGCGUAUUUUAAACCGAAAUUAAAUCAAAAAAUAUACCCUAAUAAUUUGGACGUGUUCCCACGUUGUCAAUACUUUUAAGACAAUUAAUCUCCUAAUUCCAUAGUGGGCUUUUAAAUUGAAUAUUUAAAGCGUAACUCAAAAGAUUAAAAAACUAAUAAAUAUUAAGGCCAUCGAAAUAGAUUAAAAUAUUUGCAAUUUAAAAUUCUGCUCAAUGUUACGCCAUAUCAUAUGACAUUUCAUUAGUUCAAGUUUAUAAUUAUGGUAGUGGAGGCGCUAGAGAAAUUUAGUUUUUUUUUUAAUUUACACGAAGGAUCUAAUUUAAUUCAAUUUACUGUUUUUUUCGCCAGGCUGAUAUCUUACACCAGAUUAAAAAUUCCACAAAUGUUUAUGAAUUUCGGUAAUUUCUCGAUUUUUUAAAACGUCAUCAAAAAUAAUGUACAGCCCCGGGGCCGCUCUCUCGUUCUUGCGACUAAUCUUUGAAUAUUUCUUUAAUAUGCCCUAUACACAAAGGGAUUACAAAUCUCCGAGUGAACUUGCUCUUAAUAAAUGAUUCUAUUCUACAUCUUUGAAUAUUGAUAAUUCAAAAGGAUUUGCGAUGAUUACUAUAUUUGUUGUAGUUGUAGCAUUUGUUUUUUUCUGGCUUAACUGCUAGCUAAUUUGACAAUUGACAUAUUUAUCUCUUAUUGGCUGAUUUUAGCCCAAUCACAUCGUAAAACUUUAUAUAUAUCUAUUUUCUAUGAGCUAAUGAGUUUAUCUAGUAACAUAUCUCGAAUAUUUUCACAGCCAUGCCAUUUAUUUACAUAUCUAUAAUAUUUUCAAAUAUUGACUAUUUUCAACUAGUUUGAUAAUAAACUCGACAAUAAUUUUUCUCUUUAAAAAUAUAGUUGUUUUCAAUUAUUAAAUAUAAGUAAGUUUUCCGGUUCCGGGUUAUCAAGAUAAAAAAAAAGUUAAAUUAAUAUAUGUAUUAAGUAAUAUAACUUAACACGUAUUUUUUAGACUGCAAUCAGUUUAUAUAUUUUAAUUAUUCUGUAAAUUCACGAACAUGAUCCACGGCCUUUCUAACUUCUUAUAGCGAUCUUAAUAAUAAGCAUUUGUACCGCGCAAUCUCGAUGUCGCCUUCAGCGCUACGAAUAAUGAGAGAACUAUUUGGAAUAGCUCAAACGCAUCGAUUUUCCAUUUGCGUACACACGUAUACCCUUCGAAAAAUGCGUGUUCGUAGUUCCGUUUCCAAAUACGGUCACAGAACGAGUGUUACAUACAAAAUCUAUAAUGUCAUUACAAAUUUUAAAAACAAAUUCUUCAUUCUUAUUGUUCGUAUAUAAUAUUACUGAUAUUAAAUGUGUUGUACGCCUCCUAACUUUUUAGCUUUAUUUUUCUAUCAUGCCUAUUAAAUCUACUCGUUUGUUUGUAGCAGAGAAAACGUAGCUACUUUAUAUUGACUUCUAUUUAUUUGUAAUCGAAAUUAUUCUUAAUAAUUUCACAAGACUUUUAGGUUUUUAAUAACAAUCUCGAAUUAACAAUCGAUUACCGCCUACAUAAUUUUUAAGGAUAGCAAAAUUAACUUGCAAAUAAAAUAUUGUCAUAUAAAAAUAUAUCCAAUUUAGUGACAUAGUCUUAAUAGAAAUGCUGUGUAUUUAAAUUAGUACAACAUGAACAGGCAAAGACAUGUAAAAAUUUAUUUAUAUCGUGCGUAUAUUAUAGUAUAUAUUUGAUCCACUCGCAUUUCAAAACUAUUUUCGUACGUUCCUUUAAAAGUCCUUUCGGUAGAUACUGAAUGGUUCCCUUACCCUGUAGUAGCUAGACUUCUUUUUGGGAACAAUUAUAAUUAACAGCACCCUAGUGUAGUUUCCUUAUAGUUACCUUACAGUUGUACACUUAUUGUUACUAAGCGCAAGUUAGUUGCUUGUUACGGCUAUUCCUAAUAACUAAAACCAUAUUUUUACUGCUUUCCUUUAGGCCAGUUUAUCCGAGCCCUCCCCUUUGGAAAGAUUGACAAACUAUCUUGUCACCAAUCUUUACAAUGUAAUCGCAAGAUUUCGUCAACUUAAACGAAUACUGAUGUUCAAUUGCAUUUCAUUCUGAAUUAAUAAAAACCUGAUUAAGAAAAACCGAAUAUUCGUAAUAAGACACUAGUUUUGCGCUCUCUAGUGUUCUGUGUUGUUGUCGUUUUUCCUUAUAGUAUAAUCUAUAGUUAUCUUUAACACUGUUUUAUUGUCACAAAUCAUCAACACUGCCUCUAGUUUACGUGCAUUUAUAGAGCCACAAACACGAAGAGUUUACUAUAGGCGUUAACAGAAAAUGCGAUGGGUACAAGUAUUUUGUGAUCAUACUGAGUCGAUACUCUGCAACGGUCAAUAGGGAAUGUGAUCCUGACUGCAAUGUUGAAGCGAUCUGUGUGGCUCUCGCUACUGAAAGUAACAGAGUGCCGGCACUGGGCUGUAUGCGCACUGGCAGGCGAUGAGCUGUCACCUACAAAACGCUUAUGUAUUUGUGUACAAUUAUAUAAUGUAAUUAGAUGAAAUGAGUUAUGAUAAUUUCACUAUAUCUAAUAAGUUAUUAGAGUAAAAUACAUGAAAUUGUUAUUAGCCUAUGUUUCAAGUUUUAUGUUACUGGUACAGUAAUUAUUUUACGUAGUCGAAACAAUAUUGUUGCUUUGAACGGUUCAUAACCGUAUAACAAGACUCAAGUCUUGACUGUUUUGUUAUUAUCACUCUUCUGUCAUUUAUAGUUACUUUAGUUUACACAACAUUGUGAAGAUAUUAUGCGCGAACUAUGACUGCCGUACGUCAAAUCCUAUUUUUGACAUACGAGAUUUAUAGACCUUUUCGUGUGACUACUAUAAUAUAAAAUGUCAUUUAGGACUAGUCUCGUAAGUAAAGCUGAAACCUGUCGUAACUAGUAUUGCCAGAUUACUUAAGCUUAUAGCUGCCGUCAGUGCGUAGUAGCCAUUCCUAAAAAUUGUUAUUUAGUAUAAGAAAGCAAAGUGACACUUCGUCCUUGUGUUGGCGUGAGAAUAUUUUUGCAUUGGAGCUAAGGAAUUGAUUGUAAUCAUGAAUAUAGAAGCUGAAAUGUAUUUAAUGUUUAUCAGAAGCUGUGAAACGUACUUAAUAAUCACAGAGUAUCUCAAUAAAAAUCAUGUCACUUAUGCAAAAUACAAUAAAGUUCAAUUUUAC